GCUUGCAUGAGCUCGGUAGCUGUGGUCACGUUGGUACUGUGUCGACUCCGCGGGAAGAGCCAUGUGAACAUCGCCUUCUUCCUGCUUCACGUCCCAGCGCUGUCUGUCGUUGCGAGAAUUUGCCAUCACAGCUACAUCAUGUUCUUCCCACAUCAAGCAUGGUAUUCAUUCACGGGUGUUGGCCAGGUGCGCCGGGACUCGCCUGGAACUGCGACCGUGCCGAGCAAGUGCUCGAAGUUUGCAGUAAGGCAACCCGUUCGCUUGACGUUUUAUCGCAAAGCACCACCCUCCGUCCCAGAGGUGUAUACAUGGCAUCCCCUAGACCUCCAGCUAAUUGAUAUAACCACGUCACGAAGAUGAUGCAACGGAGAACGCCAUGUCUAUUGGCAAGAACACCUCAUUGUGCUCUGCCGACUCCGAUUUCCAACAACUCUUGAAAAAAUGCGAAAACUGUUUAACCGGACGCGGCAAUGACUGCCCAGGCGCGCUGCCGGAUGACUUUGUGCCAUCAAUACAGCAUUUCGUAAACUACUGCAACAAUGCCACAGGUUCUGGUAGCAACGACGACCUGAAAGCCAACGCCCUAAAGAUCGAGUCCCUGGUCAAGUCGAAUGCCUGUCUGAGAUCCUCCGUUGACGAUCUGCGGUCUUACCGUUCCCACUCAAGCACUGGAGCACCACCUGCCGCUACAUCCGCUCGCUCUUCACCAUUGCCCCCUGCUGCUCCAUCCGACGGAAGCGCGGAACGUCUCCCGGGCAACAUUGCCCGCACAGUUGUCCCAGCCGUGGUGGUCCCGGUUGUGGUCUUGUUAAUUGGGCUCGCGAUCCUAGCAUAUAUGCUCUGGCGAUGGCGACAGCGGCUUCAAGCGAAACAAGCGGAGGUGUUAGAAGAAAGCGCGGAAGCACCCGAGUUUGGUGGAAAGGCACAGUUACCGGCGGAUCCAUUCCGGCCAGAGCUGGACGGCGUCGACACAGCUGCAGGAAAGGAGGAAUACAAGGAGAUGGACAGUCACGAGGUGGCGGAGCUGCCAGCCCGGGAGGCAGUGGGCGUGGAGAUGGAUGCUAGUGGACGACACGAAUGACAUAUCCCGGUAGAGAAUAACCUCGAUGGAUGUGAUCUUCUAUUGACAGAGAGACAAAACAUGUAUGUAUUAUAUAUUGUGAGCCGAAUGCUUGGUCGAUACGUGAGAUAGCAGCUUUCCUUGAAUAGCCUUAUAUUGCUAUCUAGAUGUCCCGGAAGACGUCCAUGGGAGUCG